CUACACUGCAGUUGAUGACCAUUGGGCAACAAUGUUACACAAAUUGCAAUAUAGCAAAAAAUAAUUUAAAUUAUUUGCUAAAAAACGUAGACACUUUUAAACAAUGAGUAUUUGUUAUAAAAUUUAAUAUGACAAUAACGUAAUAAAUAAGCUGGAUAUUCGCGAAGACGAAGAUCAAAGGGGAAUGGGUGGCUAUGUUCGAAUAUCACGAAUUGUAGGCACUUUAAUAUCAAUAACACUAAAAGUAUGGGCUUACUCCGGUCUUGUGAUGGUCAUCUGCUUUUUGCUGUAUUAUUUCUACGGGGGAGUCUUCGCGUUCAUACUUCUCAUUUUUGCAACUACAGGAAUACUUUAUCAGGCCGAAGACAAUUUCCUCUUUUACCCGGAGUUACCUAGUCAUUCUCGAGUGUUCGUACCGAUACCGUCCAUGUAUGGCCUGCCCUACGAAAACAUAUUCGUGCGUGCAUCCGAUGGUACCAUGUUACACAUGUUCUUUAUUUGUCAGCCGAAGGAACGCAAGCAUCAGUCGCCGACCAUAGUGUUUUUGCAUGGAAAUGCCGGAAAUAUGGGCCAUCGUUUACAAAAUUCCGUAGGAUUGUAUCAUAACUUACAUUGUAAUAUAUUGUUGGUGGAGUAUCGAGGGUACGGACUUUCGGAAGGUAGCCCUUCGGAGGAUGGACUGUAUGCUGAUGCACGUGCGAGCAUCGAUUAUUUAUACACUAGAAACGAUAUUAAUUUUUCCGAAAUAAUUGUGUUUGGACGUUCACUAGGAGGUGCCGUAGCCAUAGACCUAGCGAGUAGAGCAGAUUACGCAGACAAAAUUUGGUGUGUACUUGUAGAAAAUACGUUUACUAGCAUUCCGGAGAUGGCGAAGGUGUUACUGGGUUGGAAACUAUUGCAGUACCUACCCUUGGCGUUUUACAAAAAUAAAUUCCUUUCCCUAUUUAAAGUUUUACAACUUAGGGUUCCGAUACUUUUCGUAUCCGGUUUAUCCGACACCUUGGUUCCUCCCAGAAUGAUGGUCGAUUUGCAUAAUCGCUGCGGAAGUGCGCGAAAGCAAUUAGUACAAUUUCAAACGGGAACGCACAACGAAACGUGGACUGUAAAGGGUUACUAUCACGCUUUAGCAGUCUUCUUACAAAGUUGCCGGUUGCGUACUGCUGGGGAAAAAACGCAUAAUGUUCAGAAUGGACUUGUUGGAGUCGAAAUUCCUUGUCCGUGGACGAGCAAAGUUCAAACAAUUUAAUUGGGACUUAUUUUAUGUACCUACACAUUUCUUUUAUUUUUAUUUGCAAGCCAUUGUUUAUUUUUAUGUAAAUAAUUCUAUAUAUUUAUCGAGGAUUAUUUAUUUCAAUUCAUUCUUCAAAUUUUUUAAAUAUAUAUUUUAUUUACAAAUGUGUAUGUGUUUAAUUAAAUUACUCUUGUGCAAUAGGAUCAGGCAACAGAAAUGACAGAAGUAGAACUAAAGAAAGUUAUAAA